AAGAACUUAACCCUACUGCCACUGCCGUAUUUCAAUUGUCUUAGGGGCAAAAAUUUUGAAAAACAUCUGCAAAACGAGAAGAAACUUUGUUUUAAAUUAAAUUAAAGGUGAAAAAUGGCAGACAAACCAGAAGUAGCAGGCAGACCAAUGAAAUUUCCCUACACCUUUUCUGCAAAGAUUGCUCAAUUCCCAUUUAAAUUCUACUUCCAGAAUAAUUGGGUUUUCAAAUACUAUUUAAUUUCUGUGGUUGUAUGCACCCCAAUAUUCUAUAAAAUUUCCAGAUUAGCUAAUUCUCCUGAAAAUAAAGCCAAAUGGGCAGAAAUAAGACGUAAAGAAGCUGCAGAACAUCAUUAAAUACCUAUUUAGCAUUUCAGUAGACUAUUAUAAUAAACAAUGUACAACUUUCACUUGAAAUAUAUGUUUAUUUAACAUUA